AUGUCAACUACAGAAGUUUCGUCUCAUCGAAUGCAAAUAUUUCAUCCUUACGAUGCAGAAGAUAUCCAGAAAAUAAUUUGUGAAGCACGAGAGAAUGGAUUAACAAUAAAAUAUUAUGGUGGCUCCUUUCCUGUUAGCAAAGAGGGAGUGGAUAUCGUCAUCAAGUUAGAUAAUAUGAGAAGGUUUAUUUUUUAUGAUCCUGAAGAACAGACAUUCACUUUUGAAGGUGGUUUGACUAUAUCCGAGGUGCUGCAAAGCAUGGAGUACCUAAACUACACAUUAGAAUUGUAUGGCAUUAUUCCAGACAUGACAGUUGCUGAUGCAGUGUCUGUUGGACUGAUGGGCUCAAAUGGAACUAUUGCGCACUGUUUGAAAAGUUGUCAGGUCAUUCAUGCUGAUGGUGCAUUGAUUGACUGGGUAUGGCCAACUCCAGAAGAGGUUUCCAAUAGGUCUGUCAAUAUUCCAACUGAACGGCAUUUUUUACCAACAUUGCAGACUGUAGUGUGUGGACUUGGGGUAUUUGGCAUUGUCAGUACUGCAACCUUCAAAUGUAUUCCCAUCCAUUUGGCACAGGAGACCGUAUUUGAGUGUCCUCUGAAUGAAAUGGUAAACAACUGGCAACAGCUGUUGAAUGGUCUAUAUAGUUAUAUGUAUUGGUAUCCUCUUUUGGAUAAAGUGAUCAUUAAACGAGCAAGCUCUGUAAGGUUACGUCUAGGGCAUUUGCAGCCAUGGUGGAAGAAGUGUAUGGAAGUAUUUUACUGGAGUAUUCAUUGGGUAGUGAAUAGAGCUAGUCCAUACUUGGCAUGGUAUGCCCCAUCAUUCAGCAAGAAACUCUCUAAGGCGCAGUUUAGUCUUGUUAUGAAGGCUUCUUCAUGUCGAAUGCAGCACACUUUCCGGCCUCAGUUAUUGAUUUCAGUGGCAUCAUAUUGUAAGGGAAUCAAGUGGUCUCUUCCUGCAGAUAAAUUGCAAAGUGUGAUAGAGGAUAUUGGAAUUUGGUCUAAGCAUCGCUUUUACCUUUGCUCCACUCCAAUACUAAUUGCAGUACAGACACACCAAGCUCCAUCACAUCACCCUUAUCUCUCUCCCUACACUGAAAGGAAAACUUGCACCCUAUGGACAGAUUGGUUCAAUAGUAGGAGCAUCACAAGCAGCUACUCUGCAACUAUGGCUGAAUUUGAGGCUCUGCUGCAAAAGAAUGGAGGUCGGAAGUGUUGGUCUGCUGGUCCGGUGUAUGCCUCUCCUCUUAUUGGGCAAAUGUAUCCUGGCUUCCGACAAUGGUGUGAAACUAGAACAAUUCUGGAUCCAACAAAUAUGUUAAGAAGUGGUUAUGUAGUAGGUGAUCUGCUUGUUAAAGGUUAG